AAUGUAUUAACUGAACUCUUCCUGGACAUUCCAUUUAAUUCCUGGUUGACCCUUUGACUUUUUUUGUUGUUGUUGUAACUAAUGCUGGAGUCUGAGGUCAGUUUGACCCAUGAAACCUCUUAGUGGGGAGAGUUGAAGAACUGAAUUGUUAGACUAGUAAUGUGUAAUCAUGCACCUGAGGCGCCCCAGGUGGAAGAGUGAUGGCGGGAUUCUGGACGGAGGUGGUUUCGUGGCCCACCUAGACUGUCCCCAUUACUGGGCCUUGGUCCUCCUGGAUCCUUUCCUGGUGAGCAGCCUGGUGCUGCUUCCCGGAGCAGUGACCUGUGGGCAGAAGGGGGUGUUGGGUGGGGCAGGCACGUGGCCUUACAGGUGGUGCAAACGGGAGAAACCUGAGCUUGUUUAGAUGCCAACAGAAAGGAUCCAGAAACAGAGAGAGGCUGUGGUUGUAAGCGAGGCCAGAGUUGCCCAAUCUUCUUAACGUCAUGGACACACGGAAAAUAUUUGUACAGCUCAUGGGUAAACGGACGAGACUGCUCAUGGUCAGAAGUGACCAGCCCGGGCACUCCAGUCGUCCCCAGCUCUGCUGUGCACCCGAGGGUUGAGGAGAUCCCCUUGUCAACAAGCUCCUUCCUCCCAACGCCAUGACGUCUUUGUACAAAUGAGAAAAAAGCCACUUCUUUCUCAGGACACAUUCCAGACGCCUGCUUUCUGCCAGGCAGUUGACAGAGUCAGUGUGCAGAGCUUUCAUGAGCCACACCGCCAUGGAUGGAUGCCCUCCGAGUUCUGUGCUGUGCAGACUCAUGGCUCAGCACACCUGUGGCCCAUUUGAGGACGCUGCUAGGAAGAAGGUUAAGGGCCUGAGCUGCAGGGGAGCGGACAGAGCCCAGAGAUGUUCCUGCUGUGUGCUGGCAUGAGACUCCUCAGGAUUCUGCCGUGCUGACAGAGCCGGAGGUGGGAGCACCUGAAAUAGGGCUGCAGGGAGGUGAGGUGUGGGCGCCACGUUCAGGAGAGACACCUGGGCUGUAGGCAGACAUCUCGGCAUCAUCACGAGGAGCUGGUUCUUGAAGCUGUGGAAGUGAGCGUAUGGAAAAGCUCCAUGGAGAAGAACUUGGGAACAAGCAAGUAAGCCCCUGUGGAUCACCCAGCACCCCUGCUAAGAGAACAGCCCAUCUUCACCACCCGAGCCCACGUUUUCCAGAUCGACCCCAACACCAAGAAGAACUGGGUGCCUGCGAGCAAGCAGGCUGUCACAGUCUCCUACUUCUACGAUGUCACAAGGAACAGCUAUCGGAUCAUCAGUGUGGAUGGAGCCAAGGUGAUCAUAAACAGCACAAUCACACCCAAUAUGACUUUCACCAAAACAUCGCAGAAAUUUGGGCAGUGGGCCGACAGCAGAGCCAACACGGUGUUUGGUUUGGGGUUUUCCUCGGAGCAGCAGCUGACAAAGUUUGCAGAGAAAUUCCAGGAGGUGAAAGAAGCUGCCAGACUAGCCAGAGACAAAUCUCAGGAGAAAAUCGAGACCUCGAGCAAUCAUUCCCAAGCAUCCAGCAUCAACGGAACGGACGAUGAAAAGGCAUCUUCUGCGGGUCCUGCCAACACACACCUCAAGUCUGAGAACAACAAGCUGAAGAUCGCUCUGACACAGAGCGCCGCCAACGUGAAGAAAUGGGAGAUCGAGCUGCAGACCCUGCGGGAGAGCAACGCCCGGCUGACCACGGCACUACAGGACUCGGCGGCCAGCGUGGAGCAGUGGAAGAGGCAGUUCUCCCUCUGCCACGACGAGAAUGAACGGCUCCGGAACAAGAUUGACGAGCUGGAAGAGCAGUGCAGCGAGAUAAACAGAGAGAAGGAGAAGAAUACCCAGUUGAAGAGAAGAAUUGAGGAGCUGGAGUUGGAACUCCGAGAAAAGGAGACGGAGUUGACAGACCUCCGAAAACAAAGUGAAAUCAUACCUCAGCUCAUGUCAGAGUGUGAAUACGUCUCUGAGAAGUUAGAGGCGGCAGAGAGAGACAAUCAGAACCUGGAAGACAAAGUGCGCUCCCUGAAGACGGACAUGGAGGAGAGCAAGUACCGCCAGCGCCACCUGAAGGUGGAGCUGAAGAGCUUCUUGGAGGUGCUGGACGGGAAGAUCGAUGACCUGCACAACUUCCGCCGGGGCCUCUCCAAGCUGGGCGCCGACAACUAGGGCUGCGCGUGAGUCCCCAGGGUGUGUGUGACACAGAGUAGCACUAGGACGUCCUCCCGUUCGCGUGGCUUCUGUAAAUGCAGGCGCGGUUUGUCAUGUUUCCAAACCAGGGGUGCCGUCCACUCUCUCCUCUCCAGAAUAGAAACCUCCCCUUGCUUCUCUGGCCUUGCGAGGUCAUGGACAACUGGACGAUUCUGACUCAGGAAUCCAGAACUAGGUCUACCUUAAACAUUUACGCAGUCAGAGCAGGGAUGUUUAUAACUUUCUUAAGGGCUGUUGCAACCAUAUGAACUGGAAAAGUAUUUUCUAAUUCAAGUAUGAAUACCCUUUCCAACUCCUUUUUUUUUGAGUAGCGUUCAGAGUAUUCGAAUGUUCACCAGGCACCAAUGCGUGGGGCGUGGUGAUAGCAGUUUUCCUCUCAGUAUAUACAGAGAUGCUUUAAAGCAACCACUUAGUAGAGACUUGUCCCAAGAGAGAAAACACACUUCUGGUGGAGGCGUUUUCUGGCAGGGAAAUCGCCUGCAUCCACUCCGCCCACUUCCACCCGCCCCCAGUUUGUAGGGUUGCGACAAUGUUCCUUUUCUUGGUUUUAAUUCCUGAGCAGGUUACUGUGCUGUGGGGACAGCAUGCAGCGAGGGUGCCUAGCACAGUGCCUGGCACAAAGUAGGUGCUUAAUAAAUAUUUGUUCAUUUAAACGUACAAACAGAAUUUAGUGUUUUCAUAACAUCCCCCAUCAAGCCCCUGCUGGACAGUCCACCGCCCUGGUGCACUGGGUCGUUAUCAGGCAUGUAUGUGACCUUGUGGACAGACUCGUGGGUUGGCUCAGGUGGCCCUGGGGCCAGGAGGGUGGCGGUGGAAGCAGCAGGAGCUGGUCUGAGGCCCCACCCUCCCAGCAGCCCAUCCAUGGUGCUCUGCCCCUGGGGGCCUCUGACACUGAGAUCACUCUUCCUUUCCAGGAGUGAGGCCUGUGGCCUAGGGAUUCUAGGACCACUGACUGUCCCUGGUAUAGGGGCUGCCCAGGGCUUGGGAUCUAGGGUGGGAUCCUCUGUUGGGUUUAGACAAUUGAAAAAGAAAUCACACAGGCCCAUGAGGGAAGGAGUGGGCUCAAAGUGGCUGAGCCUUGGCCUUAGAGGAGUUCUGCCCAGGUCUGCCUCCCCCUGUUCCUGCUAAGGAAGGGACCAGAGCCAUGGACCUCUUCUCUCUUACUGAGUUUCUCAGUGGGGCCAGUGGACAUUUCAUUUGCCCCAUGCAUGGCAAGAUGGUCUGAAUCCCUGGCCGUCGGCAUUUCUAAAUCCCUUUGAAGGAGGGGGAGGCUUUGCUGCCCCCUUACCUGCUUUGAGAACCACUAAGAGAACUUCCCCCUCUAGAAGGAUUUUCUCACACAUCAGAAUUGCUCCCUGCUGGGUUGUUCAGAUAAACAAUAAAAUAGCCUGAGGAGGUGGGUAGGGUACACACGGAUGUGACCCGGGCCCCAGGGUGACUUUACAAGUCCUGCUGCUCUCUUUCGUGUAGCUGAGACCAUCUCCCUGAGCAGGGAGGUCUUAUUUAGGAUGGGGAAAGCACCAGGACGUGUAGGGGAGACCCGCAGGCUGAGUGGGGCAGCUGUGGUGGAGUUCACUGGGCUGGUGGCAGAUGGAAAUGGAAAGCGUGGUCAGCCCUCCUGCUGAUUUGUGACUGGGCGCUGCUGGCCCUGCCCUUUCCCUGGAGCUCCAGAUGGCUCUCAGGAUAGUGGUAGCAGCUCUACUGACCUGGAGAUCAGAGAGCUGGGCUGGCCGUGAGUUGGCUUUGUGGCCCAGCAGUGGGCUAAAGAGGAUUCUUCUCAGGCUAGGCCAGUCCACCUGCCCAGGAGCAGCAGACACUGGGAUUCUGAAACCUCAGCUUGGGUCUUCUGAUGCCCACCACCCCUGUCUAUGUGGCAGCUUAUUCCUCCAGAAGGAGCUGUCUUGACUGACUGGAACAUGCUCAGGUGACGUAUUCAUCGGAGGGUAGAGUUGCCAAAGCCACUUGCACAUUCCGGGCAGUGACUGGAGAAACUAGUGGCAGCAGUAGAGCCAUUACCACGGUGGGCUGCUGUGUCCCUGUGCAGUUGAGACCCAUGACCCCCGCUCACCAACCGUGGAAGACUUUGGUGAGCCCUUGUAGGCAGUAGGUGAGGAGCUGAGAGCCCCACACUAUGUGGCCCCAGCCAGCUUUACACCAUGCAGCCCAGGAGCUAAGAGCAGUAGGGGCUCCUCUAAAGGAGAAGCUAAGUUGGGCUCAGCAGGGAAAGCACACCUUUACAAAAGCCCUGGACUUUCAGUUCCUUCUGCUUUUCUCUAAAGGUCUUAAGGUUUCUUCAUUUACUUUCUUUAAAAAAAAAAAAAAAAGGCCUGGGGACAACCUAAACAGUCUGUCGAGAGGCUAGCCCUGUCUAACAGCCUCGGGAUAUAAGGAGAAUGACCCGCUGAAUUCAUCCCAGUUUCCCUUGAGCCAAGCCCUCAUUUUUUAGGACGUCCAGCUCCAGUCUCAGCACUGAUGCCCUUUGGUUGGCGUGAUCUGAAGCCAAGUGCAGGCAGGGCAUAACCCUUGCCUCACAAACACCCCAGCCCCGUCGUGCUGCUGGAGGAUUUAAGAGCUAGGACUGCGUCUUUGUUUCCAAGUGAUGUCUCCUGAUUUGACAUCUCCAAGACUGGCUGCCUGAACCUCAAUUAGCUUUUUUUUUUUUU